GAGCAGCGUCUACAGCAAAGUACUCCUCCUCACAGACUACCGUAGUGUUGUAAGUGUGUGUGUUUACCGGACCGAACGACAGACAUGGCAGAAGUCGCACCAGCACCCGCCGCCGCCGCGCCGGCCAAGGCACCCAAGAAGAAGGCAGCAGCCAAGCCCAAGAAAGCGGGACCCAGCGUAGGCGAGCUCAUCGUCAAGGCGGUGUCCGCCUCCAAGGAGAGGAGCGGCGUGUCCCUGGCCGCGCUCAAGAAGUCUCUGGCGGCAGGCGGCUACGACGUGGAGAAGAACAACUCCCGUGUCAAGAUCGCCGUCAAGAGCCUCGUCACCAAGGGCACCCUGGUCCAGACCAAGGGCACCGGUGCCUCUGGCUCCUUCAAGCUCAACAAGAAGGCCGUCGAGGCAAAGAAGCCCGCCAAGAAAGCCGCAGCCCCCAAAGCUAAGAAGGUGGCCGCCAAGAAGCCCGCCGCUGCCAAGAAGCCCAAGAAGGUAGCAGCCAAGAAGGCCGUGGCCGCAAAGAAGUCCCCCAAGAAGGCCAAGAAGCCCGCUACACCCAAAAAGGCCGCCAAGAGCCCAAAGAAGGUGAAGAAGCCCGCCGCAGCGGCCAAGAAAGCGGCCAAGAGCCCCAAGAAGGCUACCAAGGCAGCGAAGCCCAAAGCCGCCAAGCCCAAGGCAGCCAAGGCCAAGAAGGCAGCCCCCAAGAAGAAGUAA